CUGACGAUUGCUUUUUAUUGCAGGGUGCCUGUGUCUCCAGACCGCUGCGGCCAGAGCUGCUGUGCACGCUGGUGCUUUGUGCAUCGGGUCUCGGCAGGAUUCCGCUCUGCCGGUCCCGGGUCCCUCCUUCUGUAAUCAGUAACGGAUCACUCUGCAAGCAGCAGGACGAACAACGAAAUCGAAAGACAGACGCUCGGUUCUCGUUCGCUUUGCUGCGCCGGAUCGCUUUGCGGCUGCGGGCAGCUCCGCGGCUCCCUGCCGCUCCGCUGCUGCCGCCCGCUUUCCUCCGAUCGGCUUGCUUUUCUGCUUCGCUCCGGCGUUGAGAGGCUGAAUUUAUAAUCGUCACUGGAUUGAGCCGCCAUUUGCUCUCCCACUUGCUGGCUUGUUCAAUCUGCGUUGUCCGGCAGCGGCACCUAGAGGCUGGAAGUUGGCGUUGCACCGAAUAGGCUGAUGAACUUUGAAUAAGCCAGUGUGUUAACAACGACUGCUGUUUCCUCGCAGCAUACAAUAUUUACGGGAAGGACUUGGUACCUGAUUAAUGUUAAGAUAGGAUAAGCGCUUAGCGGGCUGGUAUUUUGCUUAGAACUCUUUGUAACUAGAUAUUUGAAUUUAUAACACACUGGACUUUAUAGCUGUUGUAGUAGCUGGAGUUUUUUAGUGAGACAAGUGCUUAUUGGAGAAGUGAACCACCAACAAGUAAAGAUGAGUAAGAGCAAAGAUGAUGCUCCUCAUGAACUAGAGAGCCAGUUUAUCCUACGCCUUCCCCCAGAAUAUGCUGCUACUGUGAGGAGAGCAGUACAGUCUGGCCAUGUCAACCUGAAGGAUAGACUAACAAUUGAGUUACACCCUGAUGGGCGUCAUGGAAUUGUCAGAGUGGACCGGGUCCCAUUGGCUGCAAAAUUGGUAGAUCUGCCGUGUGUCAUGGAAAGCCUGAAGACCAUUGAUAAGAAGACCUUUUACAAGACAGCUGAUAUUUGUCAGAUGCUUGUAUCCACUGUUGAUGGUGACCUCUAUCCUCCAGUGGAGGAGCCAGCUGCUGCUGCCGCCGCUGCUGCCGCUGAUCCGAAAGCAAGCAAGAAAAAAGAUAAAGACAAAGAGAAAAAGUUUGUCUGGAACCAUGGAAUUACUCUGCCUUUAAAAAAUGUGAGAAAGAGAAGGUUCCGGAAGACAGCAAAGAAGAAGUAUAUUGAGUCUCCAGAUGUGGAAAAAGAAGUUAAGCGCUUGCUGAGUACAGAUGCUGAAGCCGUCAGUACUCGCUGGGAAAUAAUUGCUGAAGAUGAAACAAAAGAGACAGAAAAUCAAGGCCUUGAUAUCUCGUCUCCAGGGAUGUCUGGCCAUAGACAGGGUCAUGACUCAUUAGAACAUGAUGAGCUUCGAGAGAUAUUCAAUGAUCUCAGCAGCAGCAGUGAAGAUGAAGAUGAGACACAGCAUCAAGAUGAAGAAGAUAUAAACAUUAUUGAUACUGAGGAAGAUCUGGAGAGACAGCUGCAGGACAAGCUGAGUGCAUCAGAUGCACAGCACCAAGGAAAUGAGGGAACCAACCAACUGGUUAUGGGAAUUCAGAAACAGAUUGAUAACAUGAAAGGCAAGCUCCAAGAGACCCAGGACCGGGCAAAGCGACAGGAGGAUCUCAUCAUGAAAGUGGAGAACCUGGCUCUCAAGAAUAGAUUUCAAGCUGUGCUGGAUGAGCUCAAACAAAAGGAAGACCGAGAAAAGGAGCAACUCAGCUCUUUGCAAGAAGAGCUAGAAUCACUUCUAGAGAAGUGAGCACACUGAUACUUUCAGUUGGCAGGCUGGUCAGCAUUAGAAAAAUCUUGGCUAUAUUACUUAGACUAGAUAUCAAGAAUUAGUAUUUUUUUUCUUCUAAUCCUAGAAGUUACUUAGACUAGAAAUCAAGAACUAAUUUUUUUUUUUCCCUCUAAUUCUAGAAGUUGAAGUAUUUUAGUUCUUUUUUUAGGAUGUCUUGCUAUGUAUUUUCUUUGUGUUUAUUCUUUAGGAAAUGGGAUUAUGUAGCAGAAAGGUUGUUACAUUGAAACAAACAGUUCAGACUUACAGCUAUACUGGAGGACUUUGGUAUUUUUUUUCUGGAGGCUGCUAUUGUUGCUCUGUUUUACCACUGGACAGUGAGAAUAAGUUAUCUGGACUUAGUUAAGUUAGUUUUUAUGUUUUCUCAUAUGAUAGCUAUUUUCUUAGCUACUCAAAGCAAUAUUGUAUAUGUAGAGAUACAAAUCAUGUAGUUAUUUCUAACAAUCAAUAAAAGCAACUAUUGACCUUUUAA